CUCUGGGUCUUGCCACCUUAAGGCCGUCCUGGGACUCAACAGAAAGUUCAGCGCAAGGGGUGUGUUUUCUUUCUUUUCUUUUUUUUAAAGUGGGCUGGAUCUCCAGGAAAUGAGUAAGCUCGAAAGUCGAAUUAGUAAAGCUCGCCUUUUCAGAGGAAACAGGCGUGGAGGAUGCUAGAGGAAAGCAGAAGGCAACGGGGACCCCGCCUUGAGCCGCCUAACCACCCGGACCAACAAAAGCCAGGCAUUUGGGCCAGAAGAAGCUGGGCGCUGUAGGAAAGAUCUUUGCAAUGGCAGCAGGAAUCUUCCGGGUAUGUCUGGUGGUUAUCACAGCUAUUGUCAACCAUCCACUGCUGUUCCCAAAGGACAAUGUGACUGUCCUUGAAAACACAGAUGAAGUCAUUCAGAAGAUGAAAGAGCGGGAAGAGAACCUAAGGAUGGAGCAACUUAAACUGGAGCAGGAGUUUGAAAUGCAGGAAGCAUUGGCAAAGUCUUCAGAACAGGCAACAGAGUCAGAAAAGCCUUAUGAUCAUGAUCCUCUUCCUUGGAACCUUUGGACUGCUUUGUCAAUGGUAGUUUUCCUUCUGAUUGAGUUCUGGAGGCAAGACUAUCAGGAAGCAAACAGACCAGAUUAUGCCAAUGAAGAAGAUGAACUUAAUGUCCUUGGGAAAGCAGUCAAGGGAGCCAUCUUGCCAGACAAGGUCACUUUGGCCAAUUUUUAUGAGAGAUGCCUCCAGACUGUAACCAGUGAUAUUGCCAGGAACCGAGAGCUUGUGGAAGGCUUUGCAGAUGAUCUUUUAGAAGCUUUGAGGAGUGUGUGUAACCGGGAUGCUGACAUGGAAGUGGAGGAAUCCAUAGGGAUUGGGAGCAUGUAUGAAAACUGGAGGGCUCACAAACCUUUAGCAUGUGAUUUCAUUGUGCCCUUUACUCCACCGGCACCAUAUUGUUUCCAGUAUGAGACCUGGUGUUCAGAAGAAACGGUUGCACCUGACAAACAAGGCUGUGGUAUGAUAAAGAUCAGUUGGGCAGAUGAAAAUUCAACAGGCUGCAUAUGUGACAAGACAAAGCUGGGGGAAGACUUGCUAUGCCUCCUUCACAGCAAAAUUAAUCUACUGAAGCAGAAUAAUCAUGUAGAGGAUCUCCUUUGCUACAAAGACACCCGAUACCUUGAUGCUAACCAGGUCAUGGCAUGGUUCCAGGUUGCACUUACCAAGGCUUGGAAUAAAAUUUCCCACAAGUAUGAGUUCAAUCUCACUUUUAAUCACAUGGAUGUACCUGGUGCUCUAAAAAUCAGGUUCAGGUCUGGAAAAACCAUUGUUUUUAACCUUUCCCCUGUGGUGCAGUAUGCUGAUUCUGAUGUCUAUUUCAUAUCCCAGUUCCAAAGCGAUAACAUAGAGGAACCCACUAGUAGCAUUCACUGGUUCCUCACAUUUGCAGUAUGUGAGAAGAGAUACAUUCAGUUUGUUUCUAAAACUCUGCCUGCCAAUUCUUGCCAUCUUAGCUGUCUCCAGAUUCUCUCCUUCCUUCAUGGAAAACAGUGCAGUCUGACAGGACCAAGUGGCCUUACAAACUAUCACUUGAAAACGGUCAUGCUGCAUUUACUACAGAUCCAUCCCAGAAUGAACUGGGCCUCUGAAUUCCUGAAUGACAGACUACAAGACAUGCUCAAAUAUUUGGACAAAAGCCUGCAAGAAAAGAGGCUUUACCACUUUUUCAUUGGAAAUAAAAAUUUACCAGAGGAGUUGGGUAUCCCUGUGGGACUCCAAAGGCCAGAACCUCUGAACCUCUUCCGUCCCUUUGUCCUGCAGCGAACUGUUUAUAGAAAAACGAUGGACACAUUUCAUGAGAUGCUGAAGAACACAGCAGCUUUAAUAAAUGAGUAUACUAUGCAUGUUCCCAAUGGACGGGGAAUUGCACUAAAUAAGGAUCUUCUGUAACUAUAUAUGUGAAAGCUACUGUUGGGGCAGAGAUUUCCACAGGGGACAAAUAUAUGCAUGCUUUGAGCUUUACAAAAGAGACCAAAGAUUUGAUAGAAGGGAUACACUUCUCUCAUUUUCUCCCAGUGUGGCUGCCUGGUAUUUAUGCAGCUUUUAAUGUUUCUAAUUACUGUAGAUAAUUUUGUUGUAAAUAAUAUAAGCAAGAAAGAAGAGUGUAAUUUAUAAAUAUAUUUGUAUUUGAAUUUGUAAUUUGAAAUGCCUGUCUUUCGUUUUGAUUUAAGUGCAAAGCGUGACAAUUCUGCAGUAAAGAACACCAGUCUAUUUUGCAUUAGCUUUGAAUGUAAUUAACAAGCUUUUCAUAAUGUUUUUUGAAUCAAUUUACAAAGUACAGGGGUGAAUAUCUCAUUUCAUCAAUCUUCAAACCGUUGUUUCCCAUAAGGGCUGUGAGCCCUUUUGUGUGUGUGUGUGUGUGUGUGUAUCCAUUAUGAAAUGCUUAUUAAUUAUAUCCCAAGCUAAUGUAAGAAUAGAUUUCAAAAAUGCCAGUUCAGCGAAACUUCUACACUUGACUCACUAUCGCAACCUGAACAGAUCUACUUAGAAGUAUGUCCCGUUGAUUUCAGUUGCACUUAACCCCAAGAAAGUGGGUUAAACGUUUCCAAAUGUUUCCUAUCUUUCCUUCACUUUCUGCCUCCAAAAGAGAAGAGGAAAGGGCAGGGAGGGGCUCCCCAUGCCUGAUCUAAAUACAACAAAGUGAUCCUUUUGAUAGGAUUUUGAUCAGAUCUAUUAAGAUUCUUAUGCCUCUACAUUUCAUAAAACCUUUCAAGAAAGCUAACCAAUUCAAAAUAUAUGUAUUUUUAAAUAUUCUGAGUAUUUGAUUUAAAAAGUGUAAGUAUAGAAUUUUGAAGAAAAAAGUAAUGUAUCAAUUCCAACCCCACUUGGUAGGUUGGCUAAUUACACAUCUCACUGGAAACAACUUACUCACAUACUUCUAGUCCAUCAUGUGUCUCCAAUAUCUCUACUAUAUAUAAGUAUUUUUUUCACUCUGUUAAAAAAAAGCAUGUCUGCUUGUUAUCUGAUACGCCUGUGUAAGUGUCUUCAGGUUCCCUGUUGGCUUAUGACAACCCUAUUAAUUUCAUAGAGGUUUCUUAGUGUUUUUUGCCAGUUCCUUCCUCAAAUGUAACCAACACUGCCUGAUAUUCAUUGGCGGUUUCCUACCUGUGUACUUACUCUCUUUAGCUUCUAAGAUCAGAGAGGAUCUGGUGCCUUUAAGGAGAAUGUUGAGCAAGCUUGAUCUCCUGCAGAAAGUAGUGCCGAAAUCUUGUCAGAUCAGAUGUAGCGUGGUCCUUUUGAGCCACACCAAAUACGUAAAUCUGUCAUUAGAGAAAAUGUUUAUUUUAUCAUGUAAGAAUCUUACGGAGAAGGUGGAAGAAACAGUUAAAACCUUUCUCUGCUUGUUUUAAACUCUAAGGCUCUGGAAAAUUGGUAUCACAAAAAUGUCUGGAAGUCCAAAGAGGCUAUAAAAAUGGUGUGAGACACCUCACUGGAAUACCUUUCUCCUUCUAGCAUUCUUUUUUGUAGGCAGCUUUUGCACAUUAAAAAUUUAAUGUAUCUUCCACUCAUGUCAACGUUGCUAUAUAAUUGACUUCUUGUAAAAUACUGGCUCCAGUCAAUAGGCCUAUUAAACAACCCAUUGCGACUUCA